UGUAAGUCUUCUUUUUAGAAGGAUAUGGCUUUUUCAUUAUCUACUUUGUCACCAACAACAAGCAUUUUACUAAGUUUUAUCGGAAUCUUUGCCAUUUCCUUGGCUGCCUUUUGGGCAUCGGUCGAGGCUGAGACAGUAUCGGUGAACGUGACAGCUGGGGGUAUUAACUACGAGUUAGAAGUAUAUGAUGCUUCCAUCGCAGAAGAAUUAAAAAUAAAGUCUCAUGACUUUCCAAGCGAUUUUAUAUUUGGAGCUGGUACUUCCGCAGCCCAGAUUGAAGGGUCAGCAAACGAAUCAGGAAGAGGGCAGAGUAUUUGGGACAAUCUUCUUGCAAAAAGCAAAGCCCCUGCGGCACGUAAGUUCCCGAUAGCAAUCGAUUCAUAUAAGAGAUACAAGGAGGAUGUGAAGCAUGUGAAGGACCUUGGAGUAAAAUAUUAUAGAUUGUCCAUCUCUUGGGGUAGAAUUCUUCCAAAUGGAACAUUAAGUGGUGGAAUAAACCAGCAGGGUAUUGAUCAUUAUAACCGUUUAAUUGAUGAAUUGAUAAAAAAUGGCAUCGUACCCGUUGUUACAAUUUUGCACUUUGACUUUCCACAAAUUCUGGAAGAGAAGUAUGGCGGAUAUUUAAGUCGAUCAUUUGUGGAUGAUUUCAAGGACUACAGCGAAAUUUGUUUCAAAACAUUUGGGGACAGAGUAAAACAUUGGAUUACUAUAAAUGAGCCAAAAGUUAUUGCAACAUAUGGAUAUGAAAAAGGUUGGGCACCACCUCAAAGGUGUUCUCUCCCAGACAUGAAAUGCCCAAAUGGUGGUAAUUCAAGUACAGAACCUUACAUUGUAGCCCAUAACCUUAUCCUUGCCCAUGCUGUUGUAUAUAAGCUUUAUAAACAGAAAUAUGAGCUUCAAGGUGGAGUUGUUGGCAUUGCUCUGAAUUCAAAUUAUUAUGAACCUUAUAAUAAAUCAUCAGAAGACAAAGAAGCAGCUAAAAGACUACUAGACUUUCAUUUGGGAUGGUAUGUGGAACCAUUAGUUUACGGAGAUUAUCCAAAAAUUAUGAGAGAAUUGGUAAAGGAGAGGCUACCUGAAUUUUCUGAAAACGAGAAAUCUUUGCUGAAGGGUAGUUUUGAUUUCAUUGGAAUGAAUUAUUAUGUAUCAAGUUACGCACAAAAUAUGAAAGAACCUCCGUCUGGAAUUUUGCACCAUUCAGUGGAUUCAUUAGCAAAUGAGCUAGAGCAAAAAAAUGGACUUCCUCUUGGUUACCCAGUAAAUGGAAGUUAUCCACAAGGCAUGGAGAAAUUGCUGAAAUUUAUGAAGGAAAAGUAUCAAAGCCCAAAUAUCUACAUUUCAGAAAAUGGUGCAUAUGAGAUAAACGUUGACAAGCUACCAAUCGAACAAGCAUUAAAAGAUCCUCAUCGAAUUACCUAUGUUCUUCGACAUUUGAAUGCUGUACGUAAUGCUAUAAAGAGUGGUGUUAAUGUUAAAGGGUACUUCUAUUGGUCAGUAUUCGACAGCUUUGAAUGGGGAAUGGGCUUAAUAUUCAGAUAUGGAUUUUACUACAUUGACUUCAACAAUAAUUUGGAACGCAUACCCAAAGUAUCUCUUAAGUGGUUUCAUGAUUUUCUUCAAUCAAAUUGACAUCGAUGUCUCCCUUAAACAGAAAAUCUCAUUCAUUGUCACCACCUUUAUUGCUUUGUAAAAUGUACAACAAAAUUGGUUAUAAAUAAAGU